GAAGAAAUCGAAGAGAAUGAAAUAACAAAAAAGUAGCACGAGAAAAAUUAAUUGAAAAAAAAUUUGAGAACCAAAAAAAAAAAGUAAAAUUAGUGUAAACAUUUCGAAGGUAAAAGUCUCAAAGAGCAACAACAAAAAUGCCUCAACUUGUAAAUAUGUUCAAACGGGCAUCCAGUUACAUCUUGGGCUAUGACGAAACGGAAAAUCAAAGCGACAUGAUGUACGAGGACAAUGAGAUGCUCUUCAGCAAAAACAACGUUUGCGUUCAUCCUCCGACAAUUGUUCGACAAGACAGCGAUAUCUUGCAUUAUCCGGGCUAUUUGACGGUAACGACGAAAACUUUCAUUGACCAAUACAACAAUGCCAAGCGCCCCACACUUUUACUCACCUGGAUCCCAAAUUCGACGCUCCGCAAAUCCGUUGAAAGUAACGGCGGAUGGUCGAAAGCCACAAACGAGGAACGAAAUCUCCUGAAAAAUAGUUCGACAAUUAGUACGAUAAGCGAAGAUUCGACGAGUUCAACAACGGGAUGUCACAUUAUCGGGCAAUAUAUCUCGCCGAAUAGCACAAAUCCCUUCAUCGAAGCGUAUAACGAACAACUAAAGUCGGAACAGCUGUCAGAUUCAAAAUCCGUAAACUUUUCUGAUUAUUCGGAAACCAUCAGUAUCGGCUCGAAUAGCGAUCGGGCAAGUACGAGUAACGAUAUGAGUCGAGAAGAUAUUGGCGUUGCUUCGGAUAAUGUUGAUAUGGAAGACGUUGACGAAGGAAUUAUCAUCGCUAAUGAGCCAAAUGUUCCCGUAAUUGAAUCUCCCGAAGAAAAAGAGUUGAAAAAUGAACUUCAACCUCUUUUAUCGAACGGCGAUGAAAAAUGCCCAAAAUUAAUUCAACAAAAUUCCGUUACUGUCAACAUUACAAUUGCGAAUCCAACGAUUCAGAAUACCGAUUCAAUGCCCGGCGUCGUUUCAACCAACGGAGAAAAAUUUGUACGUUCAUUAUCGCUCGAUUCAACGGCAACAAUUGACGAUCCAACGUGGAUGUCACCCGAAUUGCUCGCCUACAAACAUAAUCUCGCAUUUCCCGAUAGUACAUCCGGGUCUCCUGUCUUUACGAAAAAAGUUCCAACCAAAUGUCGACGAUUUUCCGUUGAUUUGAGUCAAAUGCGAGCAUUGCGGUUGUUUUUCAACGAUGACAGUUGCACAUCGGGACAAUUGGUUAUCGCGUCACGUGAGUCGCAAUACAAAAUUUUGCAUUUCCAUUAUGGCGGAUUGGAUCAUUUGGCACAAGUUUUGCAUCAAUGGCAUUGUACGUUGCACAAUAUCAAACUCGCACCCGGAACAGACGAAGCAAAUUUGCCGUAUCGACAAUUUAUGGUGUGUCGUCCCGAAGUGAAAAAGUCCGAAAUGCAUCCGGAUGAAGGAGAAGUCAGUAAAAUCACGACAGAUUACUUUUAUGGGACAUUAUUGAACGACAAAGGGCAAAUUGAAGACGAUUUGUUGUUAAGGAAAUGCGUUUUCUUCGGCGGUUUGGAAAAAGGAUUGAGAAAAACUGUUUGGCCGUUUUUGUUGCAUUGUUAUUCGACGAAUUCUACCUUUGAUGAACGAGUUGCUCUUGCGGAUAUAAGAAAAAAUGAAUACGAAGAAAUAAACCGUCGUCGUUUAUAUUCAAUGUCUCCGGAGGAAAGAGCUCAUUUUUGGCGAACUGUCGAGUGUGUCAUCGAAAAAGACGUCGUUCGAACAGAUCGAGGCAAUCCCUUCUUUGCAGGCGAUGACAACCCAAACAUCGAGACAAUGAAAAAUAUUUUGCUAAAUUACGCUUUUUACAAUCCCGGAAUGGCAUAUACACAAGGCAUGAGUGAUCUCCUUGCUCCCGUGUUGUGCGAAAUCAAAAAUGAAUCCGAAGCAUUUUGGUGCUUCUUUGGCUUAAUGCGAAAAGCAAUUUUUGUGUGUACUCCAACGGACAAUGAUAUCGACAAAAAUCUCCGAUAUUUGAGAGAAUUAAUAAGAUUGAUGGUUCCCAAAUUUUAUGCACAUAUGGAAAAACAUAAUGACGCAAUGGAAUUACUUUUCUGCCAUCGAUGGAUUUUAUUAUGUUUCAAACGAGAAUUCACCGAAGCUGUUGCAAUUCGUAUGUGGGAAGCAUGUUGGUCGAAUUAUCUCACGGACUAUUUCCAUCUGUUUUUGUGUCUCGCCAUUAUUGCAGUAUACGCCGACGAUGUAAUCGCUCAAGAUUUACGAACGGAUGAAAUGUUGCUGCAUUUUAGUUCAUUAGCGAUGUACAUGGAUGGACAACUGAUUCUCCGAAAAGCAAGAGGCCUAUUGUACCAAUUUCGACAAUUUCCGAAAAUUCCGUGUACAUUAUCGAAUUUGUGCAAACGCUGCGGUCCAGGAAUGUGGGAAACGGGACAUCAUCCAUCGAUCGAGUGUGUUGGGCAUUUAGAUGAUGAAAUUUGUCCAUUGGCUGUCGACUAAACAAAAAGAAGUUAUUCCAAAAUUUUGACUAAAAAUAAAAAAAAAAACUGACAAUGAAUUAUAUUAAAUAUGAAAAUA